CCUUUCUUAUUCGCCCAAAUUAGGGCUCCUCACUCCCCCACAGAAUCCAACCAGUCCACUCACCUCAAACCUGAGAACUAAAAUUGAAUUCAAGAACUUCGAAUCUCAGAAAAUCUCAUUUCUUGUAAUUUCAUGUGUUCCCGCUUUUCUUUCUCUUUGAUAGAGAUGAAUGGAGAGGGACAAGGAAGCGACGGCGUUAAAAUGGCGGCGGAGGUGUCCAAGAAAAGGGUAGUGCUCAUGUGUGGGUACCUUCCGGGGGCGUUGCCACAACGGUCGCCGAUUUUAUCUCCAGUGGUAGUGCAGAUUCCGGCUAAUGUUUGUGGCUCGUGGAACGACGUUUGCAGUGGCGGUUGCGGAUUCGCCAUGGCUGUUUCUGACUCGGGGAAGCUCAUCACAUGGGGUUCAACAGAUGAUUUAGGUCAAAGCUAUGUGACAUCAGGGAAGCAUGGGGAAACUCCUGAGCCUUUCCUUCUUCCAACAGAAGGUUCUAUAGUAAAAGCAGCAGCAGGCUGGGCUCAUUGUGUUGCCAUUACAAGUAAUGCCAUAUUGUUCAGAUACUUAAUUAAGAUUAGAGAAAUUAUCUUUAUUUGUUGGAAAACUCAUUUUACAAAGAGUAAUAAUAUAUUUGAAGUGAGCCCUCAAUCUCAACACUCAAGACCAAGUGGUGGAACAUUAGCUGGCCUUGAUAGUAAAGGAAGUGUGGAAGAAAGUAAAAAAAGAAGGAGAAUAACAUCAGCCAAGCAAGCAGCUGAAAGUUCACCAUCUGGUGAUGAAACUCCUUCUGCAUCACCAUGUCUGGUAACUCUUUAUCCAGGGGUUAGAGUUGUGUCUGUUGCUGCAGGUGGGCGCCAUACUCUGGCGUUAUCAGAUAUUGGACAGGUGUGGGGUUGGGGUUAUGGAGGUGAAGGGCAGCUUGGUCUUGGCUCCAGGAUACGUCGGGUAUCAUCUCCUCAUCCUGUGCCUUGUAUCAAUAACUUAUCUUCUCAGAAAGAUAGAUCUGCAGCACUUUCUCAUGGAAGCAUGAGUUCAGAGGGGCACGGUUUUAGAAUUCCUGGAAGUUAUGUGAGGGGGAUUGCCUGUGGGGGGCGACAUAGUGCAGUAAUCACAGAUGCUGGAGCGCUACUGACAUUUGGUUGGGGUCUCUAUGGACAGUGUGGGCAAGGAAUUACAGAUGAUGAAUUAAGUCCAGCUUGUGUAUCUUCCUUACUGGGCAUCAGGAUUGAGGGAGUCGCUGCAGGUUUGUGGCACACAGUUUGCAUAUCAGCUAAUGGAGAUGUGUAUGUAUUUGGUGGAAAUCAGUUUGGGCAGUUGGGAACUGGCAGUGAUCAGGCUGAGACCGAACCCAGGCUCCUAGAUGCUCCAAUCUUGGAAAAUGAAAAUGCAAAAGUUAUCACAUGCGGUGCUCGUCAUAGUGCCAUAAUCACAGGUAUUCUCUUUAUGCAUCUUUUAAGAUAAAUCAAGUCUAUCACCUCUUGUGCUUGAGCUUAAAGUGUCGCCUGGAAGGCCCCAUCUGAAAGACUGAAACAGUAAGGUUAAAGCUAUGAUGCCGCAACACACACACUCACUCCAAAACCUACCUAUAAAGGAAAGCUGGCUCCUAGUAAAUUUUUUCUAUCGGAUUUGAAGUCUAGAAUAUAUACCUUGUUUUUAGAAAAAUGGAUAUGCAUCUUGACUUGUUAUAUGCUUCUGUUGCUUGAAGAUGAUGGAAAAAUAUUCUCCUGGGGAUGGAACAAGUAUGGCCAGCUUGGCCUGGGCGAUGUGGUCGAUCGCAACAUUCCUUCUCAAGUUACAAUUGAAGGUGUCAGCAUUAAAAACAUUGCAUGCGGAUGGUGGCACACGCUGCUCCUGGCUGAGUUACCCACUUGACUUGAGUACCCCUUCACCUCUUACAGCUCCUGGAACAGUUUUGUUAGGUUAGUUUCUUUGGAUUUUAUGAAUCACCCCAAGCAUUAUGCUCUCAUUCUUUUUAUAGUUGAGAGUCUUUGCCAUGAUUAGGCACCUACUGUUGCUUUCAGCGCGACUUGGGUCCUUUUUGUGAUUUUUUUUUUCUCAUAAAAAACAAAACUACAAGAACAAGAUAAUGCCAAGUGGACUUGCAAGUAAUAAUGGAGAAGAAGUAUU